AUGGCUUCAAAAUGGAAAGGAAGUUACGAUAGUUCAAGAAAGUAUAAGAAGAGCUGGGAGAAGCAAUAUGUAUGGCUGUCAGAAUCACCAGAUGGUAAAGGGAAUGCAUACUGUAAACUCUGUCGCAAAUCUCUUCAAGCGAAACUUUGGUCAAUCUCCAAGCAUGAAAGCUCUUCUGAGCACUCAACUAGAAUCAAAGAAACUCAGCAAAUGAGACCUUUAGCUGUAGAAAGACACCCUCGACCAGGGACAACCAAACGGGAUGUUAAAGAAGCAGAAAUUCAAAUAGCUGUUGGCAUAGCCUGUCACUCUGCAAUCCUUGCCGUUGAUCAUUUGGGCGAAUUAAUGGUUCAGCAUGGCAAAGGAAGUGCUUUGGGGGAAAUGCAACUCCACCGUACAAAAUGUAGUCAGUUGAUAAAAAAUGUUGUGUCACCAUCUUUGAAACGCGAGCUUCAAAAAGAUGUAGAAGGGAAAGGUUUUGCAGUGCUCAUUGAUGAGUCCACAGAUGUUGCCGCGAAAAAGAACCUUUGUAUAUGCAUUCGAUACUUCAGUGAGCAAGAAAUGCAAGUGGCCACAGCGUUCGUUGGAAUGAUAGUAUUUGUCGAAGCGACGGGUGAAAACUUAUUUCAGGCAGUGAAAACUGGUCUUCAAACGGUUGGACUAGAUCUGCACAACUGCUUUGGCUUUGCAAGUGAUGGUGCUUCUACAAUGGUGGGGGAAUGGAAUUCAGUAUGGUCCAGGAUUCGGGAAUCGUCGCCAAAUUGUAUACGGAUGAAAUGUAUUUGUCAUUCACUGGCUUUGUGUGUCCAACAUGCAUUCGAGAAGAUGCCAGCGAAUCUUGGCUUUCUUCUGAAGGAAAUACCGAAGUGGUUUUCGAAAAGCAUUUUACGAAGAGAGGCUUUCCACCAGCUCAUAGACGCCAUGAAUCCAAAUAAUGAGCACGCAGGUAAACCAAUGCCAUUCCAGAAAAUGUCUGCAACUCGAUGGCUUGUCAGAGGGAAGGUGCUUUUCAACAUUCUUGUCAAUUGGGAGGAACUGAAAGCGUAUUUUUUGGUAGAAGAGCCCAAUUGUAAAUCAGAUGUUCGCUACAAAGCAAGAAUGUUGCUGAGCAUGUUGAAUGAUGACAUCAACCACCUUUAUUUUCAUUUUCUCUCUCCAAUCGUGACAGAAUUUGAACGAGUUAAUGCGUCAUUUCAAGCCACAAAUGCAGAUCCUGAAGACAUGGUCAAACAGCUCUUCCUGCUCCACAGCACUCUACGCUACAGAAUAUAUGGCUCAGGCGAUGAAGUUCUGCCAAACUCUCGUGUUGAUUUUGGUGUGAAAUUUGUCAUGGAAUCACAAAAGUAUAUUCAUCAUCACGGAAAUUCUGCUGAAGCGAAAGUGAAGGUAGAGGAAGUGUAUAACCGAUGCCAGAGUUUUCUCGUUGAAGCGCUUACACAGGUUGAAAAUAGACUUCCUGGGAAUGAAACUAUUUUCAAAGGCCUCAGCUACCUGUCCCCAGCGACAGUUCUCUCUCAGGUUGACCGUGUGCCGUUUUAUUCUUUACCCAUGCUUCACGUCAUGGCUGAUAUAUCAUCAGUUGAAGAAGAAUAUCGCAGGAUCCUUCAUGUCGACUGGGCAGGCGAAAGCGUUUUUAAUGGAUUUGUCCCAAGAGAUUCAGCUGAAUUUUGGUGUGGAAUUUUGAAGUACACAUCUAGUACAGGAGAGCAACCAUUCAAAAGAUUGGCUCUUUAUGCUUUAACAGCCCUUGCGACCCCAGUGAGCAAUGCCAUAUGCGAGAGAGUGUUUUCACACGUCACUAAUGUAAAAACAAAGCUAAGAAGCAGAAUGCCUCUUGAUAUGCUGGAUGCUGUAAUCAGAAUUCGAGUUAAUUUCAAGUUUGGGCAAAAAUGUUGCCGAGAUCUCAGAGUUUCACCAGAAAUGCUUGAGUUGUUCAAUUCUACAAACAUGUACAACCAAGGGGAAACUUCUGCAGAUGCAGAUGAAGCUAACUUGAAUGCAUACUUGUGA